AUGAAAGGUGUCACGGCGGAACUUCGCUGCGUCGCAAGUGCCGUUCCCGAACCGCUUUGGGCGUGGACCGGUCCAUCAGGCACUAUCUAUGCUGAUGGCUCAAAAUACAUCCUCGAUACUCAUUCCCUCAGCACAACACUCAUUGUGCGGUCACUUAGUGGACACGAUUUUGGCAAAUACAGUUGUACUGCUGAUAACGGAAUUGGUCCACCAGACCGCGCUGAUUUGCUGUUGGUUGAAAUUUGUGAGUUAGCAGUAUUGCUACAUUGGCUAUUUCAGUACUUUGAAUAG